UUGCCAUGGUUAUGUGUAAACGGAAAGUUUUGGUUUAUUUACAGGGAUUUUUGUCUCUGCUGUGUCUCUACGGCAGGUUCGGGCAGACAAACUGUGCAACGUUAUGGCCUUUUUUGGUUUGACAUACCUGGGUUAUCAGAACCCGAUAGGCGAUAGAAUGAUACUGAAUCCCCGGGAACCGUCUAAUCGUAACGAUGGCAACAGCAACAUCAAAGCCGGGAUGCCACCUUCUCUUCAAGAACAACCGAGACCCCUCAGAUGUAUAGAGGACUGCCAACUUUCCGACCAGCCCCUUCCCCACAGCACUGACAUACACAAUGGGAGCCAUGAGAGAUGCAAAGCGAUGAUCAAGCGGCUUCAAACACCCAGAUCUCCAAACCAGCUCUACUUGGUGCCUCUGACGGAGAGCCAGAGGUAUGGAUGGAUGGUGUCCAAGAACCCUGAGCCAUGGACGCUAGUCAGAAGGUUUCCCCAAAAGAACAGCGAGAUGACCAAGUUUGUUAAAGAAAUGUUAAAGACGGACCCGAACUUCAGCCUGUUAUGAAAACUUGUGCAGUAAAGCAAAUUCCCUCACACAUAAAAACAUGAUGUGAAAAUGUGAAAUUAAACUGACAACAUGCACACUUUUAGAGUUUUUUUUUUUUUUUUUUUUUUUGCCUCAUGCAAUAGUGUUAAGCCUAUUUUUGUAAGUGAGUGUGCUCUCUUUUUUUUUUUUUUACAUUUAAGUAAUUCUUUGAAUGACAUGUACAGUAUUAAGCCUUUGUAGAAAGUUACUGCUCAGCCAGUUUUUGGAGGUGUAAAAAUGUUGGAGGGUCGGAGGUAGGAGAAAAACAAAAGGGUAUUUCAGUCUUAAAGUCGUUAAAGCAAGGAAAAACAGGAUUUGCUUUACUCCAUAGUAAGGUACAGUAGGGCCAUUGUUGCAUCACUAACAAUAAGGGUCCUUACAUCUCAGAUCAUUGAAUUUUUAGAACAUUUUCUGGGCAACUAUCUCUGAUUUGUGUCAUAAUCUUGUGUUUAAAUCAUCUGGACACAGCAACUUUUCCUUGAAGACUAUUCAUUUCAGAUGAGUUACUAGUUUUUUUCAAUACAUUUAAUAUUUUUUUCUGUGUUUAUUUUUACUUGUUGAAUUUUAAUGCGUCUUAGUAUUUUUUAAACUCAGUAUGACUUAUCUGACCCUUCCAGGCCAAUGUGCAUGCAUAUGAAGUGGGUGUGAAAAAUGAAAAAAAUAUGCAUAUAUUUUACAAAGUUAUUGUCUCAGUUUUAAUUUGAUUACAGUUUGGAAACUAUUUGGAUAUUUUUUCUAUUCAGAUCUGCUGAUAUUGUUGUUUCUGUGGUAUAACUUAUGUGUCAUAUUUGCUAAAUCCAGCACGAAAGUUGAAUGAAAAGAGCAUUUCCAGAAUUUUUAUCACUAAAAAAACCUUUUUCAAAAAAUGUUUUGCAUGUUUUAGUUUGCAUUAUUGUGAAAUACAACUAUAUCCAAUUUA